AAAAACCGACGGGUGCGUGCACCUUAGCGGUGCUACGCGCCCGAGCUUUAGACCACACGCACCAGUAGCCUUGGCUGCUGCUGCGUGCCACCUUUUCCUCGCCCCCAUUUCUCCCCCCUCCCUCUCUCUCGAAUUCUCUAGAGGCCAAAACAAAGAGUCAAAGACCAAGAGCCCAAACUAACUGCAUCGUUACGAAUCCCUUGCAACUCGUAGCGCGGGAUUUCACUGCACAUCAGAAACAAGAGAAGGUAUCCAGAAAGAGAAGACGAGAGAAGGGAAUUCCCAGAUGAGGUCGAUUGUCUCGCGUUUGAUCCAUUCGAAGUCCUCCCUCUCUCGAUUAUAUUUCAGUACAUCAGGUCUAUUAAGCAAUGGCAGGUUAUUGUCUACUGAUUCUAAUCACGUAGAUGAGCCUUUCAAAGUAGAGGAAGCAGAGACACUCAAAGUGCCACCGCCUCCAUCAGAUAAGUUGCUGGUAUUGGGCGGCAAUGGUUUUGUUGGUUCACAUGUUUGCAAAGAAGCUUUAGUGCAUGGCUUGUCUGUUUCUAGUCUUAGCAGAUCUGGAAGGUCAUCGAUACAUGAAUCAUGGGCUGAUAAAGUUGUGUGGCACCAAGGAAACCUUCUCUUACCUGAUUCAUUGAAGGAUGUUAUGAAUGGUGUAACUGCUGUGAUAUCAUGUGUUGGAGGCUUCGGGUCAAAUUCUCAUAUGUAUAAGAUCAAUGGAACUGCAAACAUCAAUGCUAUCAGAGCAGCUUCUGAGCAAGGCGUAAAAAGAUUUGUAUAUAUCUCAGCUGCUGAUUUUGGUCUCGCAAAUUAUCUGUUACAAGGUUAUUAUGAGGGAAAGAGAGCUGCUGAAGCAGAGUUGUUAACAAAAUUUACAUAUGGAGGAGUUAUACUCAGGCCCGGUUUUAUAUAUGGGACUCGCCAAGUUGGGAGUACGAAGAUACCUCUAGGUAUUAUUGGGUCACCACUUGAGAUGGUCUUUCGGCGUGCAAAAGCACUCAGUCAAAUCCCACUUGUGGGUCCUCUCUUCACUCCUCCAGUGAAUGUUACCUCUGUUGCAAAGGUUGCUGUGAGAGCUGCAACGGAUCCAGUUUUCCCUCCAGGCAUUGUUGAUGUAUAUGGUAUCCUGCGCUAUGGUGAGCAAAAGUGACCUCCUGCCCCGGGGAAAUGAUCACAAAUCAGCACCAUCUCAAGGUGCAAAAUUUACUUUUGUUCCUCCCAUUCAGGCCAUAAAGGAUGAUAAAAAUUCUGUUCAUCAAAUUCUGGCCAAGUAAUAAGAAUGCAUGAGUUUAUGCAGAGCUCAACUCUUGUCCGUUUUCAUGCACUCAGUUUUCCAUGGGCGGUUGUUUUGGUGUAAAAAUAGCUUUUCCUUAUAAGAUGUGAUUCUUAAAUUGGCUUCUGUGCCUU